UUCAUUUACGCAUCGCUUUAUUUGGAAGUGUUUAUAACGUAUUUUUUUUAAUAUUUUGACUUCUCCGAUGCACGGGGAAAAACAUUGUUUUACUAGAUUCAAUUUUAGUUAUCAGAAGGUUCAGCUCUAAGUAAUCGUGCGGUCGUUAUUUUAGCUAUUCCGUUUUUUGCCAACGUAACGAUGGGGAUUUUUGUUCCGUCCAAAACAAAGAAGGCGGUCCCCGUGGCUGUGAAGACGGAUGUGGAUGAUGCCAUUAGAAAGAAGACGGAAUCUAACACGAGGACUAUCAGGUUGCUCCUGCUGAUUAUUACCGCUACGCUUGUGGUCCUUGGUACUAUGAUGAUGCUGCUGGGUAUCUCAGUGUACUCCCACUACAAAAGCUUCUUCUUAUUCUUAGGAAGUAGUAGGAUGACCAUGACGCCAUCCAUAUUGACUGCAUUCAUAGGAUCUGUGUUAAUAAUUGUAUCCAUCUUUGGCUUCGUUGGCAGUUGGAAACUCAGCACUUUUAUGGUCAAUCUGUGUGCAUUCACUUUGAUGUUGUUAUUCUUCCUUCAAAUAGUCGUGGUGAUACUAGCUUUCACUACAGUUGGAGAUCAAAUAUGGUCUCAUAUUGAUGUUCCAGUACAAAUAUACAGAGACCCUCAAAUCCAACGGAAAAUAGACAUGUUGCAAAAUAACUUAGCUUGCUGUGGUGAUUCUAGCUUCGCAGACUACUAUGAUGUGAAGUUCGGGAGCAAUCAGCCGGUAGUGGAAACGACUUUUUUAUUUAACGGGGACUACCUCACUAUGACUUUGCCAAAAUCAUGCUGUUCCUCAGUCGAGAAUGGACAUUGUGACCGUGUCCGAGGGACGGGAUGCAAAUUCGCACUGUACAACUCUUUGCUUCAGGAUUCCACAAUCAUCGGUAUAUUUGGAAUAUGUGUGAUUGUUGUCAACGUCAUGAAUAUAAUAUUUGCUCUGCUUCUGGCCCGUAAUAUUCGCAAACUAAAGAGUACAAAAACUUUGCUCGCGUGGAAACUUCGAGAAAGCGCUAUCGUAAUGCGACAAGCUAAAGAAAAACAGCAGACUCAGGAAAACCAAGUCCACAUCGAACCACAAUUAUCAAGCGUGGCAGAAAUUGAAAAGAAGUAGAAUUGUAUUUGACUUAUAAGUCCUUAAAUCAAAAUUGACGAAAGAUAAAUCCUUUAUAAGCUUAUAGAGAUUCUGAAGAAUCAUAGCGCAAAUUAACCACCAAACCAUAUGUUUUUAUCUACUGGACGUUAAGGACUUUUG